AUAAAAACACGAAAUACCAAGUGGACGACUGAGGUUAAUAGAUCUAGCCGUAGAAUAAAGAUCUGCAUGAAAGGCGGUGAGAAUCUAAACGGUGAUAAGACCAUAACACACGGAACAUCGGUACGCUCUCGAACGUACAAGAAUCGACGACACACAAACACUCCACAAUUAUUUGAACACUGGACAAUUAUUGAACCGACGUACGAGAAUCAAUGCGCUGAGGGUAAAGACGUAAAUGAAGAACUAGUUUUGGAGAUAAGAGCGGAGAAAGAUUGCGACACAUGUAUGGUCAAUAUUAAUCUCAUUUAGCUUAUAAAUUUGGGAGCUUCCUCUAUCAUUAAUUUUCAUUCAUAAAUUUUUCUUCAAUUUGAAUUUUCUCGAGAAAAAUGUCUUGCUGUGGAGGAAACUGCGGAUGUGGAUCUGGCUGCAAGUGCGGCAACGGUUGUGGAGGUUGCAAAAUGUACCCUGACUUGGGAUUCUCCGGCGAGACAACCACAACUGAGACUUUUGUCUUGGGCGUUGCACCGGCGAUGAAGAAUCAGUACGAGGCUUCAGGGGAGAGUAACAACGCUGAGAACGAUGCUUGCAAGUGUGGAUCUGACUGCAAGUGUGAUCCUUGCACCUGCAAGUGAAGAAGCCUUUUUAAAUAAGCAGAGAUAAUCGAGUCUCUUUAAUUAAUUAAGUUAUUCAAUAAGUAAACCAUAUAUAGGAUGGUGUUUUUAGGUUUGGUUUAUGUGUAAUAAUGGCUUCAGCUUAUCUUUUAGCCGAUCAUUGUCUUUUGUGUUUGUUUUGAUCAUAUCUUUUAGAUGUCUAGCAACUCUGCCAUGUGAUGAGUUUGUACUUCCAGUGGAAUGAUAAUAAUAUUAUAGUUUUAAAUCUCUUUGUUCGUUGGGUUUUCUUCAUUGGUCCUCCAUUGUUUCUAAAUUUUGAAGAAUUAAUUUUUUAUGGAUUUAUUUGGCUUGG